UCGGGAGGGGCGUGGGGGCGUGACCAGGGGGCGUGGUCUGGGGGACGUGACCGGGGCGGGGCCCGGGGCGCCCCCGACGGGAGCUGACUGCUGCAGUCUGGACACCCCAGGUGGGCGCCGGGCUGGGUUUCCAGCUCCUGCACGGGCUCGGAGACUCACUUCCUCUUCCGCGCUCCCUGGCGUCGGAGCCGGAGGGUCCGGCGGGUCCCCACAAGUUCGGGGUCCCCGCGAAUCCGGGUUUCCGCGAGUCUGGGUCCUUGCGAGUCCCGGGGUCCGAGCGUUCGGGGGCGGCGACCGGCUGCUCCAGCGGCGCCUGGGGCGCACGGGCGGGACCGGCGCGGAGUGCAGGAGGGGGCCUUCUCGCAGGAAGAUGAGGAAGCCCGAUGGGAAGAUCGUGCUUCUGGGGGACAUGAACGUGGGCAAGACGUCGCUGCUGCAGAGGUACAUGGAGCGGCGCUUCCCGGACACGGUCAGCACGGUGGGCGGUGCUUUCUACCUAAAGCCGUGGCGCUCCUACAACAUCUCCAUCUGGGACACCGCAGGGCGGGAGCAGUUCCACGGCCUGGGGUCCAUGUACUGCCGGGGCGCGGUCGCGGUCAUCCUCACCUACGACGUGAACCACCCGCAGAGCCUGCUGGAGCUGGAGGACAGGUUCCUGGGUCUUACAGACACGGCCAGCACGGACUGCCUGUUCGCCAUCGUGGGGAACAAGGUGGACCUCGUCGAGGCUGGGGCCGCAGAGAGCCGGGAGAAGGAAGGGCACGGCCCCGGGACGGCGGGCGGUGGCGGCGGCGGAUCGCCCGAAGUGCCCAAGCCGGUGCGGCUGGAGGACGCGGUGGCACUUUACAACAAGAUCCUCAAGUACAAGAUGCUGGACGAGAAGGAUGUGCCGGCCGCUGAGCAGAUGUGCUUCGAGACCAGCGCAAAGACCGGGUACAACGUGGACCUGCUGUUCGAGACCUUGUUCGACAUGGUGGUGCCCGUGAUCCUGCGGCAGCGAGCCCAGGGGCCGCCGCAGACCGUGGACGUCAGCAGCUGCAAGACACCCAGACGGACCAGAUCCGGGUGCUGCUCCUGACUCAGGGACCCUGAGCCCCAGGGUCCACGGCGGGCCGGGGCUGACCCAGUGGGAGCGCGGAGUCGUGUAGCCGGGCUGCACACGCAGGGGGACGUCCAGGGGCAACAACAGCAGGGUGUUUGGCGGUCCACGGGCACGGCUCCUCUGUCUGCAUCACCGUGGGGGACGUGAGGGCCAGGUGAAUCGCCUGCAGAAAACACUCUUCCGAGCCACGACUCCCAGGGACCCUUGUGCGGUGCUGCUCCUUUCCUAACAUCCUGGCCUCGCUGAAGCCUGUGGCCGGGCUCCGCGGCACCUGGCGUGCGUGGGCACCUGCCCCGCUUCCGUGUUUUCGCAGACAUUUUCUUCACUGUGGUCUCUCCUUGGUCCUACCGCUUGGCACUCGUGUGUUGAUGUGUCACCAUGAUUCUUGGCUUGUUAAUUUAUACGGAAUCCAGAAUCACCGCUUUUAUACCGGUUGCAGCCGUGUGAGUUACGCACAUUAUUAAAAAGGAUUAUGAGGAGACCCUUGGUGUGGAGACUGUUGAUUUUGACCUUAUUUUCACCCCUGGUGGACCCCUUGCUGGGGGCGCCUGGGAGGUGGCUGGGAGCUUAAGGUACUUCUGUCUUUAAAGCUACAAUGAAUCCUUAGACAUUUCAGAACAUUUGGAUUUGUCCAUUUGCCGUUGUCUCGAUGAAAUGAGCUCCAGGAACAGAAAUCUAGAAGGUCUGUCUCUGCUCAGGUGUGUUUGGGGUCACGCAGGCAGUUACUCACCCAGAAGCCCCCUUUCUGGGGGUUGGUGGGUGGGCUGCUUUGUCACAAGCAGAUUCUAAGACGAGGCUGCGAGGCAACAGUUUUUCUGAGAAAUUUAAGGGGUAUCUCAGCCAACGUCGGCGGCUGGAACAAAAUGCAGGCCGGGCACAUCUCUCUCGAGCAGCUCUGGAGGCUGGAAGCGGAGGUCUGGGGGCUGGCAGAUCCGAUUUCCGUCCGGGCCCAAGCCCUUCCCCUGGCAGACACCACCUUCCUACUGUGUCCACAUGUUGGGCGGAGCGGGCUCUGGUCUCUCGCUCCUUGCAAGGCCACUAAUCCCAUCGCGAGGACUCCACCCCAUGACCUCCC